GAGCAUCGGGCAUGGGGCCGGACGCCGAUGUGAGCCCCGAGCGAGCACCAGAUCCAAGGAUCGAUCCUUGGAUCCAAUUCUGCCUCCCUCGCUCUCUUGCUCUCUUGCUCCCUUUUCCUUCGAUCUGCUGCUCACGCAAUUCGGCUCCCGAUUUGGCGCGCCAUUUCGAUCCGAUUCGAGGGAUAUGGCUCUUGCGUCAUCUGUGCUGCGAUGGCGACAGCCGGAGCGAUUGGUGGACUCGAGGGUUUGAUUGAUCGUCCUCGCGUGUAAUUAAUUAGCGGGAGGAAGAAUGCGGGUCACUCGAUUUAGGGACGUGCGGAUUUCCGAGGGCUGGCCUCUUUGGUUCCGCGCACUUAGAGUGAUCGCUUUUAGCUCGCCGUGGAACCUGAGCACUUGGGCCGACGCGGUCGUUCCUGUUUGCUGAAGUUCUUGCAAGGAAUCGACAUCCAUGCCUUCUGCAACUGCCAGAUUGUGUCCGGAAGUGAGAGUUAAGACGGUCGGUCAUGGGGACGGGAAAUUGUCAUACGACGCGCUCCAGGUACCUUGGGGAAUUUCGAGUAAUGUGGCUGGCAUGGCUGGGCGCAACUGUCAUGAUCCUCGUUGUUCUGGGGCUUCACGGGAGCAGUUUACUUUUCUGAUUCCAUUGGGAGAUCUGGUUGUCUUGAUGAUGCCUUGAUGGAUCCUCUCUAUGGAUGGCUGGAAGGCCCAGUUCGCCCACAAUUUGGAUGGAGAUUUUCCAGAGAAUCAUGUAAUGCCGCCACGCCGAUGCCGAAGGCGCUUUGGUUCUUGACACUUGCCAUUCUAAUGCUGGGAUUACACGCUGUGGAUGCCAAAGGUUUUGAGCACUCCUCUGUCAAUGCCACCGCCAGUCCGGUCGGUUCUGGCAUCGACAACGUGACCACGCCCUUGGGCGUUGCAUGUCUACCCUCGGGAUCUUGCGGCUCCAGAAGGCUGUUACAGGAGGAUGCACUGUCCGGCUACUUCGCAUCAUCUCAUGAGACGCACUAUUAUAAGCAUCUAUAUAGGCGUCGUCCGAUGUCGAGUUAUAAGCUGACGGGGAGAAUACCUCGCAAAGAUCCCUUGGACAAUUUCCAUGUUUAUGAUGGUGGAUUCAAUGUCACGGACAAGCAUUACUGGAGUUCUGUUGCGUACACGGGCAUAUGGGGAUAUGUCUUGGCUUGUAUAUGCCUGGUCACUGCCAUUAUCUACUGCUUUCUGUACUGUUGCGGUUGUGCCGAUCAGUCGUAUGAAGACAGUGUUUCUGGCUACAAAGGGGUGCAAAGGAACGGACCACUGAUCAGCAUAUGCAUCUUCAGCUGCAUUGCUAUAAUAGCGGCUGGAGUGAUUUACUGGGGAAAUGCCAAAUUAGGGCAACAGCUCCGAGCUACAGCUGGCACGCUGCUCACGGCCACUGACGGCAUUCAAAGUGAGAUCAACAACGCGUUGAGCAUGGUGCAAGUGGCAUCCAUGUUUCCUAUCAGUCAGCAAGGCAGCUCACAGCAGUUUCUGCAGGCAUGCGUGAACCUUGGCAACACUUUUAAUAACCUCCAGAAGAAAGUGAAGAAGAACAAGGAUCGAGUGUACAGAAUAUUUGACAACGUGAAGGUGGCUUUGACGGUCGUCUCAGCCGUCCUCGCCGUGUUUGUAGUUCUAGGACUUGCUGGAACCAUCGGGAGUUGGCGAUAUCUGCUGAUAAUAACAUUUGGUCUGAUGAUGAUACUGCUGUUCGCAUCCUGGAUCAUGGCAGGUGUAAGUUUUGCAUUGACCAAUGUUGCCAACGAUGCUUGCCAGAUUAUGAACGAAUAUGACGAAAACCCCCAGAAUUCCAGUAUCUCUAAGUAUCUGCCUUGUCUGAGCAACUCGGACGCCGAUAAGGCUCUAGCCGGAGCCAAGGAAGCCAUCAAAAGCCUGGUCACUCAAGCCAAUGUUGCCAUAGACUGGGUGAAUCGCGAAGAAUCGCGCCUUUCUUCCAAGCGAAGUCAGGCGGCAGAGUUUGUUCUACCCAGAGUUUGUGACCCUUACGGACCCCCACCCAGCUACAACGAUAGCCUCUGCUUAUCGGGAGAGACAUCCUUCGGAGACUUCGAAAAGGUAUACGGCCCAUUCCGGUGCGAGAAUGACAAUCUGACGCACUGCUUCGAGCAAGACACGCCCAUCCCGAAUUUCGCGUACGAGGAGGCCGACAUGGCCAUGAACGCGUCGAACAUCGUGUACCGAAUGCUGCCGACGAUCUUCCGGAUAAUCACGUGCAAUUUUGUCAAGGUUACGUUUGAGGACAUUCUGUUCCACAACUGCAGGCCGCUGCGACGAUCGCUGACGACAUUGUGGGGCGGAUUCAUCGUCGCCUCGCUCGCCAUGAUGCCGCUGCAGAUUUGCUGGGCCGUGCUCACCCGGCACAUCGGCAAGGACCGCGAAGGCUUCCGCACCCGGACGUAUUCCAUGCCGGAUAACAUCGUGCGGCGCAUCAUGGGCGGCGGCUCGCCGCUCGCCCCGGCAUCCCGAGCCGGCACCCCGGCCACCCCUGCCCGAGCCGGCACCCCUGCCUCCCGGGUCGGCACGCCCUCGGGCGCGCUGCCCCCGGGCCCCCCGUCCGGCGCGACCGGGGGCUCCCACAGGAACCAGGGCUUCGGCUGAGAGUAGCCCCCCCGCGCUGCCCUCCAGCGUCCGAUCCCCAUCCUGCCAGCGGGGCCAAUCAUGCGGCAGUCAGUGCUUCUCUGCUCCGAAUUUGUCGUUUUAGGCCAGCGCCUGGUGGGCCCCAGCAGGAGAACAUUCUCUCUCCCCCGACGGGCGUUCGGGCCCCCCUUUCCUUUGCUGCUAACGGCAGGCAGGCUCUGCGUGGCGCCAUCAGUACACAGAUCUCAUGGGGUUGCAAUCGAGAGCCCGAAGGUCGAGCUCCGAGACCUCGGCAGUCAUGGACUCCGAAUUUGGGAGUCUACAGCCACUUCGAGUCCUUCCUUCGGGCCGUGGCAGAUAUGUCGAUGACAGACAGCAGCAGCGGGCGGGCGGGCGGGCGGAAAGGGACUGCUGCCAUGUUCAACACACGACGAGAAUUAAGAAGAUGAAGAAGACGAUAUGCCCACUGGCCUGGCAAAGAAGUUUUCUGGGUGGCAAUAGUCACUGCACCCCUCGACUUCACUCGGUGAGAAGUCAAUCGUGUGGAGGAAAUGCUGCGCUUGGUUUGAUCGAGCGCAAAUCAGAGCACGGCGUGGACGACAACCAAAACUCCCUGAUCUGGAUGGAAGUCUCCCGCCUCUUCGGCCACAACUCGUCCUCAGCUGAAUCGAGAGUCUGCGCCGAUGAAGAGGAGAAUGAGUGUCCGAUAACCGCAACGGUUGUUCACUUGCCAUGUGUGUGUGCAACGAGACCACAAGGCUUCUGAUCGAAAGAGGUGGGAGAUAAAUCCGGAGACUCUAAGGGGCCUUGCAAGUAAGUGAACCUGAGUGCCCGCAUCUCAGAGAGUGUCAAUUUGGCGUGCUCCUCCUCUACCAUCAGCCCUCACUGCGAGUGCCCAGCCAAGCACGCGGUGCGGAAGAAUUUGAGAGACGCAAUGCUGGAGACGAAGGACAUGUUGUGCUCGGCGUUCUCAGCUGUCAGUCACCACGGUCCGUCGUGGGUAGAAGGAUCUCUACAUCCGGCUCCACAGCUCCUGUAUUGAUUAGAGAGAAGCCAUGCAUAUUUAUCCCGAGGCAUCUGCGCAGUCUGAGAGCUGUGAUCGUGGAAGGAAUUUUGGUAUCAGGUAGAGAGUUACAGGUCUCCUCCCUGAGAUGGAGAAGCACCUCAGAGAGAGAGAGAGAGAGAGAGAGAGAGAGAGAGAGAGAGAGAGAGAGAGAGAUAAUU